AUGGAUGAGCUAGAGCAAACAAAAAUAAGAGAAGAUGUGAACCAGUUCAAGGGGCAAAUGACCAAGAUCUUGGAGAUUUUACAAGCACCCGAAAAUAGAAAUGAUGGGAAUCCUUUGGUAGAUGAGGAGGUGCCCCAAAACACUCUUGUUCACCCAACGGGCGUCGUUCCACACCUUUUCACCAAUUAUCAAGAAGGGAAGGCACAACAAUUUCCACCUUAUGGUCUUCCUCCAGGUUAUACCCCACCCAUAGACACUCAUCUCCCCAACAACAAUACACUGGUCGUGGCUACAAAUCCACAACAUGGUACUGGCGAGUUCCCUCAAGUGCAACCUUCACCCCUUACUUCGGGCUUUCCUGGCUCUUCAUCGCAAGGAAAAUCUACCGAAGCUAAGCCGGUGAUGUUAAACAUACACCAUGAAUCUCGAUCGCUCGAGAGCAAUCAAUCCCAAGAAAAAUGGCAAGCCUUGGAAGAACGCUUGAGAGUUGUCGAAGGGGGAAACAAUUAUGGAUUUGAUGCUUCAGACCUAUGCCUUGUUUCUGAUGUUAUAAUACCUCCGAAAUUCAAAUUGCCUGAAUUCGACAAAUACAAGGGAACUACAUGCCCCAAGAACCAUCUUAUUAUGUACUGUCGAAAAAUGGGUUUUUGUGCCCAUGACGAAAAACUGCUAAUCCACUUCUUUCAAGACAGUUUGACAGGAGCUUCCCUGAGUUGGUAUAUGCACCUUGAGCGAGCUCAUAUCAGCUCUUGGAAAGAUCUGGUGGAUGCCUUUUUGAAACACUACAAAUAUAAUCUCGACAUGGCUUCUGAUAGUAUCCAGCUGCAAAAUAUGACAAAACGAGGCAAUGAAACAUUCAAGGAAUAUGCCCAACGAUGGAGAGAACUAGCUUCCCAGGUUGAACCCCCCCUAUCUGAAAAAGAAAUGGUGACCAUGUUCAUAAACACUCUUCAACCUCCGUUUUAUGACAAAAUGAUAGGAAGCGUUUCAUCAAAUUUUUCGGAUCUCGUCAUCAUAGGUGAAAGAGUAGAAAUGGGAUUGAAAAGCGGAAAGAUUGCUUCUGGCUAUACCGGAUUAAAUAACACAAAAAAGUUGCCUGCAGGUGCGAAUAAGAAAAAUGAGGAAGAAAGCCAUUUUGUGGCGUCAAACCCAGCUAAUCCUUCUUUCGUGCGUCGCCCUUACGCUGCUGCAACUUCACAAAUCUCAGGUACUCUAAAUCAACACUUACAAGGGAAUCAAGAUUCAUAUGAAAGUCAGGGGAAAAACUAUCGUGGGAGGAAGUUCGUACAUUUCGACCCAAUCCCUAUGACCUAUGCAGAGUUAUUACCGCAUCUGGUUAGCAAUUCUAUGGUUGCACUAUGUCUCGGGAAAACUAUAGAACCACCCUACCCAAAAGGAUAUGACUCGAAUGCUGUGUGUGAUUACCACUCUGGGGCU